AUGCACAGUUCACCAGAAAGCAGCAAGAGCUAUGCAUCUGGAGACAGCCAUCAUGAUUCCUUUGAUGAGUUCACGGCGGUGCCUGAGCAGCCUUCAUCAAACGAACAGACAGUCCCCGGUAUCGCCGUCUCUCAUUCUUUCGAGCCGGACCCACUUGACUUCCUUGCUUUCCUUGAGCCAUUUCCAGGCACUGUGCCCUUCAGUGACGAACUAGGCCCUGAUACGAAUAUUGAUAUUGCUUCAGGCCCUGUAGGCUACAGCCCACAAGCAUACCAGGGACCCUCCGAUACAGAGUUCAACUUUUCUCAAUUCAUGGAAGAAGAUAACGAAGAGAUUGAAGAAAUAAUUCGAGAGACAAACGCUGCAUCAAAUUCUUGGAGCUUUUUCCUUCCAGGUCAAGAUGAUGAUGUGUUUGAUUUUUCAAGUCUGCCCAGUCAGCCGUCAUUGGCAGAGGAGAGCCAAGAGAUGUUAGCCAUGCGCUUUGAUAAGUUGACAUGUGGCAUCUUGUCCGUCAAAGAUGGAAGAACCGAAAAUCCAUGGCGAACUUUGAUUUGGCCGCUCGCUAAGGAUACACCCGCUCUAUAUCAUGCGUUAUUUGCGUUAUCGGCUUUUCACUCUUCAAAGGAGAACCCAUCCUUGCGAGUCCAUGGUGUCAAACAUAUGCGGCAGAGUAUGACUUGUCUUCGAGAACAAAUACAAAACAUGCGAGCCGAUACAGCGCUAGCGACAAGCCUUGCUCUAGCUUUUGCCGAUACAUGGGAUCAAAAUACUCGCACAUGUGUUCAACAUCUACGUGGGGCAAAGGCAUUGAUGCUGCAAGUACUUAAUUCAGGCCUUCAGGGUGGCCUUCAGCAUGACGAGUUGGACCGUAUUCGAUUUCUCUAUAAUACCUGGACAUACAUGGAUGUCAUUGCACGACUAACUUCUCUGGAUGAGUCAAGUCCUCAAGACUUCGACCCGGCAAUCUUCGAACUCCCAGGUGAUGCUGUUCAUGAGAUUGACCCAUUAAUGGGCUGCGGUGUAACACUGUUUCCUCUCAUUGGCCGUGUUGCAAGACUAGUCCAAAAAGUGCGAAAAUGCUCUUCUAAUUCAGUUUCCAUCGUGUCGCAAGGAAUGGAGCUAAAAUCUCUUGUUGAACAAUGGGAACCACCUCAUUGGUUCGAGCCGCCUGAGGAUCCUACGUCCGAAGUGCAGCAUAGUAUUCAAGUGGCACAUGCAUAUCGCUCGGCAACACUGUUGUACCUUCACCAAGCUAUUCCGGAAAUGCCAUCUGAAUCAGCGGAGGAGUUGGCAAAGCGGGUAUUGAUACUCCUGGCAACUGUACCACCCACAUCUCGCACAACUAUUAUCCAAAUGUUCCCUUUGUUGGCUGCUGGGGCUGAGGUUGAUGACGAUGAUGAUCGAAAAUGGGUAAUGGAUCGAUGGUCUGUUGUUCAAUCGCGAUUGAUGCUUGGUGGCGUCGAUCGUUGUCUUGAUGUUAUACGCGAAGUUUGGGCCCGCCGAGACAAGCUGAAGGCUCAGCAAGAGCGACAAAACCCUGCUCCUCCUGGAUCAACUGCACCCAUGUCUGCCGAUAGUGAGAAAAAUUUGAAUUCUGGCUUCCGGUCAUCGGAGGUUAAAGGUAAUUCAAGGAGGCUUCAUAACCGCACGAGAUCAAACGAUCAGCAUGAGAGGUCCAGGAAAAGUGUAUCAGGCUCUGUGAUUCCGAACCCCCGGUCUUCAAGAAGAGGCUCUGCACUUUCACCAUUGGAGCAUAUUGAGUUUGGGAGAACGAUCAGAAGUCGUUUGCACUGGGUAAAUGUUAUGGGAGAAUGGGGAUGGGAAGGUAAGACUACGCCAGCUCCCAGCUAUGACAAACCAGGCUAA